AUGGCUUCCCCCGACGACCACAUCCUUGAGAAGAAUCCCUUCGACGCUGCUGAUAGUGUUGAUAGCUCAUCAGCUCCAGAUUCCAAAGGGCCUGAAAGUCCACCAGACGCAGGCAAUGAAACCGACGCUGCACCGGAGCAGCAAUUUCCAGGCCCUUUCAAAUUUGCAUUAGUGACUUUGUCGCUGUGCCUCAUCAUCUUUGUCAUCACUCUGGACAGCACCGUCCUAGCAACAGCAGUGCCUGUGAUUUCCGACCAGUUUAAUUCCAUCAAAGACAUUGGCUGGUACAGUAGCGUGUAUUUCAUGACUACAUCUAUAACGCAGUUGCUCUACGGAAAGCUCUAUACUUGGUACCCUAUUCAAUAUGUGUACACAGUGGCCAUGAUAUUUUUCUUGGCUGGCUCGGCAAUUUGUGGUGCGGCUCCAAACUCUCCAGCCCUGAUUGUCGGCCGUGCUGUGGCAGGAAUUGGAUGCUCGGGAUUGCUCGUUGGUACCUUUUCUCUUGUGCCUUUUAUUGCCCAUCCGGCAAAGGCCCCUUUGUUUAUGGGAUUGGUCGGUGGCACAAUGGGCAUUGGAUAUGCUACUGGGCCAUUGAUUGGCGGCGCAUUUACUGAGCACGUCACUUGGCGAUGGAAUUUUUACAUUAACCUUCCAAUUGGCGCUUUCAGUUAUGUUAUUUUCUUGCUGUUUGUGCGCGCACCCAAGCCCCAGGCCAAGCCUCCUUCUCUGGUUGAAUUCUUCAGGGGAUUCGACUUUAGCGGCCUCAUUACCCUGACUGGAAGUGUCAUCUGCCUCCUUCUCGCCCUGCAAUGGGGUGGGGCCACCUACGCCUGGGAUAGUGGCAGAAUAAUCGUUCUGCUCGUUCUUUUUGGUCUGCUGGGAAUCGCUUUCAUCGUUCUGGAGCUCUGGCAGGGUGACAAGAGUAUGCUGCCUGGACGUGUGCUCAAACAACGCAGUGUAGCUGCCGCUUGCCUUUUCUGCUUUUGCUCCAGUGGUGCCUCGUUCUUGCUGCUUUAUUACAUUCCAAUUUGGUUCCAAGGAGCUCUGGGAACGAGCCCCUUCGGUGCUGGUGUUGACACCCUUCCUCUGGUCAUUGCCAAUGCCCUGUCCUCACUACUUGGGGGUAUUCUAAUCGGAAUGGUUGGGUACAUCUGGCCCUUCCUCGUUUUCUCCUCCACGUUCCUCUCCAUCGGGGCAGGUCUAUUCACCACAUUUACGAUUGACAUCGGCACUGGAAAAUGGAUUGGGUACCAAAUCCUCUACGGCUUGGGUAUGGGUUUAUGUGCUCAAACUCCGGUUAUGGUCGCCCAGAAUUGCCAUCCUCACUGGUGUUGCUCAAUCCCUCUUCAUCAAUCACCUAGACCAAGACAUUACCUAGACCAAGACAUUGCCAAGACAGAUGUCGCCGGUAUCGACACCAGUCAAAUCAUGACCGGGGGUGUCACAACCUUGACCAAGGGGCUACAUGGGGCAGAAAAGACCGCCAUCCUCAACGCCUUCAAUAAGGCAAUGGUGGAUAUGUGGUUGUUGCCUCUGGCUUUGUGCUGCAUUAGUAUCAUUGGUGCUGUGACCGUUGAGCGACGCAAAAUUCGGGGGCAGGAGAAGGAAACUAAGAAGGAGUCAGCAUCGGCGUCGGCAUAA